CAACUUUGACGUCGAAAGAGAUGGAAAGUCGAUACUUUAAAAUGAUUACACAUCGCUAGGACCAGUUUGUACCGAAGGUCGGCGUGAACAGCCGGAGCUAUGACUGACCUGUACGUUUCAUUGGCGGUAUUGGGAGCUGCGGUGCUUCUCAGCGAGGCGAUCCGGCGGACAACAGCGCGUCUUUUCCCUGGAGGCUACUGGGUUUACCUCCUGGAAGCGGCGUCCACCUUCCAGCUCUGUUGCUGCACUCAUGAACUCAAACUGCUGGGUGAAAUGGCCCGGCUGGAGCUGCCGGUCGGCCUGACCCUCACGUACACCAUGACGGUUAUCCAUUUAUUAACUUUCCGUGAAGCGACGUGCAACCCCACUGGGGCUCUGGAGGGCAUUUUCCGCGGGAGUAGCCGCACCAGGGCGGCCGCCGUUAUAGCCUGCCAGUUCGGAGCUGCGGUCGCCGCGCAGUUUUUCGCAUCCUCCGUUUGGUCGCUGGGUCUUUCCGGCAUCCACAUCAGGCACCGGAGGUUUGGGUUCCGAUGCUUCGACCCCCUGGGUGGGACGCUGCUGGAGGCCGCGGCCGUUGAGCUGGGCUGCGCCUUCGUGGUCCAAUCUGCCGCCAUGCACGUCCACAAACUGGACCAAAAACUUCGAGCUCACUUCAUCGCUGCUGUCAUCACUGCUCUGGUUCACGCAGGUGGAAGUAUUUCAGGAGCAGUUUUUAACCCUGUCCUGGCCUUCUCCGUCCAGUUCCCCUGCAGCGGCUACACCUACCUGGAGUACUGCUUUGUCUACUGGCUGGGACCAGUCUUGGGCGUGGCGAGCUGCAUCCUGCUGUUCGAGAAGGUCAUUCCUUUCCUCUCUGGAAAGAGUACCAUUGGGCUGGACAUCCCUGCUGUCCAGAAACGGAAGAAGAAGACACAUUAGCAGCAGUGACGUCACGUGAGGACUGGCCAAGUUUGUGUCUUAAGCUUUUUAUUCCACAUGUCUGGGUGGAUAAUACCAGUAUACAUUUUAAGACCAAAAGUUUUACUAUAUACAGUAUAUUAUCAGUAUAGCACAAUAAGGCCUAUGGCAACAAAGCUAUAAUUGAACAGACAGCAGGCAACACAUCAGUGGGUUCAACUCUUCAUGUACAAAUUUACACAUAAAAGAGCUUAAAAGCCAUAGGAAAAAUGAAAUCUGUAUAAUUACAGUACUUGGAUUAGAAUCAGCAUGUAUUUAAGUAUUUUAAGUUCUUCAGUAUCAAACUAAUCCAGUGAUAGCUGCAUGUACAUCCAUGGGUACAAUGCAAAUAGGAACUGCUAAUAGCAGAUUGGGCAUACUUUUAAUGGUGCUAUGGGACAGCUAAUACAUUUGGCUGUGUUUGAAGUGAUAUUACUAACCUUUCAGUGCCCACCCACACAGAUAUUGUACUGUACCGGGGCACCCAGUUAGCUCACCUGGUUGAGAAUACAAAGACUCAGUCUUUACCACAGCAGCCACAUGUUAGAUUCCGACCCAUGGCCCUUUGCUGCCUGCCAUCCCGCUCUCUCUCCCCUUUUCAGUCAUCAGCUGUCGUAUCAAGUAAAGACCUAAAAUACCCCAAAAAUAAUCUAAAACAUUAUAGUACAGACAGUAUUAGUCAGAUCCAAAAAUCAUACAAAAGAUUUACAUUAAGUUUUUUUUAAAACAUUACAAUUCUAUCAUUCUCAUAACAAAUUUUUUUCCAAAUGUUUUUUUUUGUAUAAGGACUGUCAAAAAGCACAACACUAUAGAACCAAGUUCUACUAUUGAAAUUAAUAUUAUUUUUUUCUGAAACUGUAAUUCACUGCUACCAUCACUACUUUACUUCAAACUGCAGCUGCAGGAUCAAAUGAAAAACAACAUAAAGACAGUUGUAAGUACUUUGGUGGCAAAAUAUGAAGAUAUGGAAAGCACACAAAGUUUCUCUAUGCACUUAAAUUUAUGCACCCUUUUAUUGUCACUGCAUUUAACUUUUAUAAGUGCACCAGUGGGACAGAAGACCUCAAUUUCCACUGUCCAAGUGACAUUCCUAAAUAAAUACAUAAAUACACUAACCAAACCUUUACUGAUAAAAGUGACGUUUAGUGUUAUGUGUGGAAAAAUAACUUUGCAUUAAGGGAAGGCAGCCUCAUAAGUAAAGCACCUUUUAGCAACAAGGCCAUUCAAAUUGCUUUACAUCAACAUUAAAGAGCAGUU